AUGCCCUUCUGGCCACAGCCGUACGAGUCGACCACAUCACACUGGCAGCAGACUAACCGCGGCCCCACCUCGCUGUGGAACCAUGGCCACGAUGCCCCGCUGCCCAAGGAAGCAGACUACGUGAUUGUCGGUGCUGGGGUGACGGGCGUGUCACUCGCAUAUCACCUCACGCGGCCUGGCGCCGCUGGCGAGGGGAAGAGCGUGGUCAUCCUCGACGCGAAGGACGUGGGCUCGGGCGCGAGCGGCCGGAACGGCGGCCACGUCUCCCCCCGCUCGUUCAUGUACCUCUCCGAGCUGUGGGCUCCGCUCGAGCACGGCGGCGGCGGGCUGAGCAUGGAGCAGGCGGUGCAGGCGUGGUUCUUUGAGCUGGACAAUCUCAACUACAUCGAGCGGCUGGUCAAGGCCGAGGGGCUCGAUGUGGACUUUUGGCGCGGGGAGCGGUACGAGGUGUUUACGUCACCGGAGAAGGCGGCCCACACGCGCAGGGCGUACGAGGAGUUCAAGGCCGCUAUCGCCAAGACCCAGUACGCGGACCGUCACUUGCCUUGGACGGUGGUGGAUGACCCGGCCAAGGCGAAGGAGCUAUCGCGCAACGACCGUGCCCUCGCGCUCAAUAUCGGCCCCGCGGGCAGCUGGCACCCCCACCGCGGCGUCACUGCGCUGCUCCGCCUCGCGCUAGCGAGCAAGAGCAGCGAGUGCUCGUUCUUCUCCUGGUGCCCCGUGCAGUCGUUCACGCGGGACGGGGAGGGCUGGGCGCUGGAUUGUGGGCCGCGCAGCGUCAUUUGUGGCCGGGAGGUCAUCCUCGCGACGAACGCGUACACGCGCCACUUGUUCCCCGACGACACGAGCGGGCUCAAGGACCACAUCGUUCCGACGUUCGCGCAGGCCGGGCGCGUCGUCCCGCCUGCGUCGUACGCCGGCGCCUGUGCCCUCGACCACACUUACGCCGUCGAGCUCGGCCCAUACCUCAUCCAGACGCCGCAUUCUGGGCUGGUUCUUGGGCCCUACAUCGACGUGCUGGAGAAGCGCGGCAUACAUACCCGUGACCAGGUGUUCUACCAGGACGACGACUCGAAGGUGACCGAGGGUGUGCGGCAGUGGCUCCAGUCGUACUGCAAGGACGACUUCACCGGCUGGGGCGACGAGGCGCAAGGCGAGGGCCUGGUGCACCACUGGAGCGGCAUCCUUGCCAUGUCGCUCGACGCCCAGCCGCUCGUCGGCCCGGUGCCGGACCACCCCGGGCUGUGGCUCGCAGCAGGGUACAAUGGCCACGGCAUGGCCAUGAUUGUCAACAUGACGCGCUCGUUCGCGCGCCACCUCCAGACGGGGCAGUGGGACAGCUACAUGCCCGCGCAUUACGCCAUCACGCCUGAGCGGCUCGCCCGUGCGCAGAAGCACGCCGACAAGCUCAAGUAG